AUGUCCUUCCAGGCUGCCGAUGAUCGCUCUAAGCGCCCUACCGUCCUUUUAGCACUCGAAGAAUAUGGUAGUGGUUCGGAAGACGAGGAAGACCCUGGACCUAUUGCACCUCCCGUGUCGUCUAGUCCAGCGAAAGAAGCGGAGAAGUCGCCUUCCCCUGUGGCACCCCAGCCCAAUGUCGGUCAAAUUUCAAACGCUGAUCGCAACGAAGAUAACCAGCAAGCCAAUCAACCUAUGAAACGAGAACAAACCCCCAGUCUUCCCCUCGAGCCCGAACGAGAACAGAGCCUGCCUCAUCCGAACGAUGUCGGCAUGCCAAUCAAUCCGGAUCUUCAGGACAAGCCUAUGUUCAACUACGUUACUCCCGUUCCUCGAGCAGGCAGCGUCGACUAUCCCAUGGCUGACUCCACCAGCAGGGAUAGUCCACUCACGUCCGGUUCCCGACAAAGCAGCAUUGUCCCUGUGAGCCGGUCCAUGCCACCCACGUCAUACCCACACGACGGCGUGAUCCACGACAUAGAGGCAGCUUCGAAGGAGAUGCCCUGCAAGUGGUACGGCUGCGGCAUGCCCAUCUACGACACCCACACUUCGAUCCACCAACACCUUUCGAACCACCACGGGAUCAAAGGGAACGUCACAAAGGUCCCCUGUCUUUGGAUCAACGAUAACUCAAAGAUGGAGGUGUGCGGGGGAGCGUACGACGGCCACAGCCUUGCUCGCCACCUCGAAUCGCAGUGCCACAUCACGGGCACCGAUCGCCACACGGGGGAGUUCAUCUGUGCAGCCUGCGGUACACGCUAUCGGCGAAGGACUUCUUGUACUCGGCAUUAUGCCACGGCCCAUUUGGUCUGCCCUUAUCGGAACUGCAGAACACGGUUUAAGACCAUCCAGGAAGUAGAGGCAUGCGCGGCGACGCAUGGCUCACCCAACGAUUGGGAAAAGCCACCCGCGAAUAAGCCAAGGUAUUAUCGCACACUCGAGGAGGCAAACGCAGCGAUUGCAGCAGCCAACGCCUCACCGUCUACGCAGACGCAGCCACAGCGUCAUGUUUGGGACAACUACGACGAGGAGCCGGACGUGCAGAAAUGA